AUCGGAGGCGGUGGGGCAUCGAAGGAAAAGGGCGCCCUUAGUUUAUUUUUAUUUUUUAUUUUUUGAAUAAUCAUUGAAUGCACUGCCUCUACACGGAUUUGCUGUAACAGGCGCUUUUAAUAUUUCGACUCUCUCAGCGUAACGGUUGGUUGCCCCAGUGACCAAUGCUGAUUUUAAACAGCAUUUUUAUUUACGUGUGUAUAUUGGUAAACAUCCGUAAACAACAUACAUGACUGUGCUAUAGCACAACAAGUUGCCUCUCAAGGCUUCUAAAAGCCUCGUUUUUAUAUGAAAUUGUCUGCAUGUUAUUCAGACUGUGCACAGCUACCUUUGCUAGCUAGUGGGAGAGCGUUUUUGGAAGCGCAAGGAACAAGCAGCGGUGUUGGAUCACUGAAAGGCUCGGAUGAGGUAUAUGAAUCCAGCCUUAAAACUUCACCUUUUCAAUAAACGUUUCGUAUAUACUCUAAAGCAAUGACAUCUCGCAACGCAAACAUGUUGGCAAUGGGAUUGCUUUCCCUUGGAUUUCUACUCAGUAUGCAGACAGUUCCCAGCAGAGCCAUUGAUGCUCCUAAGACCUGUAGCCCGAAGCAGUUUGUGUGUAAAGACCAGGUGACCUGCAUCUCAAAGGGCUGGCGCUGUGAUGGAGAGAAGGACUGUCCAGACGGCUCAGACGAGGCCUCCGAUAUCUGUCAGCAUAGUCAUGUUUCCCAGUGCCCACCCAAUGAGUUUGAGUGCCGUGGGACGGACGUGUGUAUCCAUUUGAGCAAGCUUUGUGACUCGGUCCCAGACUGUUCAGAUGGAAGGGAUGAGGGCCCACACUGCCGAGAGUUGGCACCCAACUGUACCAGCCAUGGCUGCCAGUACAACUGCUCAGUGACGCUGACUGGUCCCAGAUGCUACUGUAGGAAUGGCUACGAGAUCGCCGAGGAUGGCAAAACCUGUAAAGAUUUUAAUGAGUGUGCCGUGUAUGGGUCCUGUAGUCAGACCUGUACUAACACGGACGGCUCCUACACCUGCAGCUGUGUGGAGGGCUAUCUGCUACAACCGGACAACCGCUCCUGUAAAGCCAAGAACGACCCAGUGGACCGUUACCCAGUCCUCCUCAUUGCGAACUCCCAAAACAUCCAGGCCACCACCCUGAGUGGCACCUCACUCAACCAGCUCUCCGCCAGCACCAAGCAGACCACUGCCAUGGACUUCAUCUACGCUGAGGAGACCGUCUGCUGGAUCCAUGUGGGAGACACGCCCGCUGCCACCCAGCUCAAGUGUGCCAAGAUCCCCAACAUGAAAAGCUUUACAGAAGAGAGGGUCAUCAAUAUCUCCCUCAGCCUCCACCAUGUGGAGCAAAUGGCUAUAGACUGGUUGACAGGUAAUUUUUAUUUUGUGGAUGAUGUGGAUGACCGCAUCUUCGUUUGCAGUAAGGAUGGAUCCACAUGCGUGACCCUGCUGGACCAAGAGCUGUACAACCCCAAAGGCAUCGCCCUCGAUCCUACCAUGGGGAAAGUCUUCUUCACAGACUACGGUCAGAUCCCUAAGGUGGAACGAUGUGACAUGGAUGGACAGAACCGGACCAAGCUGGUGGACAGUAAGAUCGUCUUCCCGCAUGGCAUCACCCUGGACCUGGUCAACAGGCUGGUCUACUGGGCUGAUGCCUAUCUGGACUACAUCGAAGUAGUGGACUACGAGGGAAAGAACAGACACACCAUCAUACAAGGGCUUCUGAUUGAACACCUCUAUGGGCUGACUGUGUUCGAGAACUACCUGUACGCCACCAACUCGGAUAAUGCCAACAUGCAGCCCAAGACCAGCGUCAUUCGCGUCAACCGAUUCAACAGCUCAGACUUCCAGGUGGUGACGCGGGUGGAUAAGGGUGGAGCACUGCACGUGUACCACCAAAGACGUCAACCCCCAGUGCGGAGUCAUGCUUGUGCACCGGAUCAGUUUGGAAAACCAGGAGGAUGCUCCGAUAUCUGCCUGCUGGGAAACAGCCACAAAUCCCGAACGUGCCGCUGUCGUUCCGGUUUCAGUUUGGGCAGCGAUGGCAAAUCCUGCAAGAAACCAGAGCAUGAGCUCUUCCUGGUCUAUGGGAAAGGUCGUCCGGGCAUUAUCCGUGGCAUGGACAUGAACUCUAGACUUCCCGACGAGUACAUGAUUCCCAUCGAGAACCUGAUGAAUCCCAGAGCUCUGGACUUCCACGCUGAGACAGAGUUCAUCUAUUUUGCAGAUGCCACCAACUAUAUCAUUGGCCGGCAGAAGAUUGAUGGCACAGAGAGAGACACCAUUGUGAAAGAGGGUAUCCACACAGUGGAGGGUAUUGCAGUGGACUGGAUUGGGCAGAACCUGUACUGGACGGAUGAUGGACCAAAGAAGACCAUCAGCGUUGCCAGGCUGGAGAAGGCCUCCCAGACCCGCAAGACCCUUAUAGAGGGCAAGAUGACCCACCCCCGCGCCAUUGUGGUGGAUCCUUUACAUGGGUGGAUGUAUUGGAGCGACUGGGAGGAGGAACCUAAAGAGAGUAACAGAGGCAGUAUCAGAAAGGCCUGGAUGGAUGGAUCCAAUAUAGGAAUUCUCCUCACCUCUAAAACAGUACUGUGGCCCAAUGGGCUGAGUCUGGACAUCGAGCAGGGCCUCCUUUACUGGGUUGAUGCCUACUAUGACCGCAUCGAGAUGGUCAACCUUAACACCACCGACCGAACGACCAUUUAUGAGGGACAGGAGCUGAGCCACCCCUUUGGUUUGUGUCACUACAAAAACUUCCUUUUCUGGAACGAAUACCGUGGAGGAAGUAUCUAUAAGCUCAAUCAGAUCACCAAGAAAGUCACGCUGCUACGGAACGAACGCCCACCAAUUUACGAGAUCCGCACCUACGACGCUGAACAGCAGCCAAGUACGGGAUCUAAUGCGUGCAGAUUUGGUAACGGAGGCUGUAGCAGUCUGUGUUUGGUCACGCCCAGUGGCAGGUCGUGUGCAUGUGCAGAUGACCAGAUUCUGGACACUGACAACAAGACCUGCAAAGCCAACCCCUCCUAUAUCCCCCCUCCUCAGUGCCAGCCAGGAGAGUUUGCCUGUAAGAACAACCGUUGUAUCCAGGAGCGCUGGAAGUGUGACGGCGACAAUGACUGUCUUGACAACAGCGACGAAGCCUCCGAGCUCUGCCUCCAGCACACCUGCCCUGGCAACCGUUUUAAAUGUCAGAAUAACCGCUGCAUCCCACUGCGCUGGCUGUGUGAUGGAGACAACGACUGUGGCAAUGAUGAGGAUGAGUCCAACACCACAUGCUCAGCUCGCACAUGUCCUCCAAACCAGUAUGCCUGUGCCAGUGGGCGCUGCAUCCCUCACUCCUGGACCUGUGAUCUGGAUGAUGACUGCGGUGACCGUUCAGACGAGCCAGCCUCCUGCGCUUAUCCCACCUGUUUCCCCCUCACCCAGUUCACCUGUGCCAAUGGACGCUGCAUCAAUGUCAACUGGCGCUGUGAUAAUGAUAACGACUGUGGUGACAACAGCGAUGAAGCGGGCUGCAGUCACUCGUGUUCCAGUGUGCAGUUCAAAUGUAACAGCGGCCGCUGUAUUCCUGAAUACUGGACCUGUGACGGAGACAACGACUGUGGUGACUACAGCGAUGAGACGCACGCCAACUGCACCAACCAGGCCACACGGCCACCUGGCGGUUGUCACGCUGACGAGUUUCAGUGUCGCAUGGAUGGCUUGUGCAUCCCCAUGCGCUGGCGUUGCGAUGGGGACACCGACUGCAUGGACCUCAGUGAUGAGAAGAACUGCGAGGGGGUCACACACAUGUGUGACCCCACCGUCAAGUUCGGCUGCAGGGACUCAGCGAGGUGUAUCAGUAAGGCAUGGGUGUGUGACGGAGACAGUGACUGUGAAGACAACUCAGAUGAAGACAAUUGCGAGGCACUGGUGUGUAAGCUCUCUCACCAUGUGUGUGCCAGCAACGACUCCAUCUGCCUGCCUGCUGAGAAAGUGUGUGACGGCACCGACGACUGCCCGGACGGCUCAGACGAGAAGCUCUGUGACCUGUGUUCAUUGGAGAAUGGCGGUUGUAGUCAUAAUUGCAGCAUCGCUCCUGGUGAGGGAAUUCUCUGUUCCUGUCCACCUGGUAUGGAGCUGGGCCCAGACAACAAAACCUGCCAGAUCCAGAGCUUCUGUGCCAAGCAUCUGAAAUGCAGCCAGCGGUGCAUUCAGGAGAAAGCCAUCGUCAAGUGCGCAUGCUACGAGGGCUGGACUCUGGACACGGACAAAGAGACCUGCAUUAGCACUGAUCCCUUCAAACCCUUCAUCAUCUUCUCUAACCGCCACGAGAUCCGCCGUAUCGACCUGUACCGGGGCGAGUUCAGCGUUCUGGUGCCCGGCUUAAGGAACACCAUAGCCCUGGACUUUCACCUGAACCAGAGCGCUCUCUACUGGACCGACGUGGUGGAGGACAAGAUCUAUCGUGGCAAACUCUCUGAAAACGGAGCUCUGACCAGUUUUGAGGUGGUCAUUCAGUAUGGUCUGGCUACUCCAGAGGGACUGGCGGUGGACUGGAUAGCUGGAAACAUUUACUGGGUGGAGAGUAAUUUGGAUCAGAUCGAGGUGGCCAAGCUGGACGGCACAAUGCGCACCACCCUGCUGGCUGGGGAGGUGGAACACCCCCGUGCCAUUGCUCUGGACCCCAGAGACGGUAUUCUUUUCUGGACGGACUGGGAUGCCAGCCUGCCCAGGAUAGAGGCGGCCUCCAUGAGUGGUGAGGGUCGUCGUACCAUCCAUAAGGAGACUGGUAACGGUGGGUGGCCAAACGGGCUCACAGUGGACUACCUGGAGCGACGCAUUCUGUGGAUCGAUGCCAGAUCUGAUGCUAUUUACUCUGCUGCCUACGAUGGUUCCGGCCUCAUCGAAGUUCUCCGGGGACACGAGUACUUGUCGCACCCCUUUGCCGUCACCAUGUACGGAGGGGAGGUUUACUGGACGGACUGGCGCACCAACACACUGGCUAAGGCCAAUAAAUGGACGGGUCAUAAUGUGACCGUGGUCCAGAGGACAAAUACCCAGCCCUUUGACCUUCAGGUGUACCAUCCCUCCAGACAACCACAGGCUCCAAAUCCCUGUGCUGCUAAUAACGGGAAGGGACCGUGCUCUCACCUGUGUCUUAUCAACUACAACCAGACCUUCUCGUGCGCCUGCCCUCACCUCAUGAAGCUCCAGGCCGACAAACACACCUGCUAUGAGUUUCGGCAGUUCCUCCUGUAUGCCCGUCAGAUAGAGAUCAGAGGAGUGGACAUCGACAACCCUUAUUACAACUACAUCAUCUCCUUCACCGUCCCCGACAUCGACAACGUGACGGCGGUGGACUACGAUGCUCUGGAGCACCGCAUAUACUGGUCAGACGUGCGUACGCAGACCAUUAAGCGAGCCUUCAUCAACGGCACGGGCGUGGAGACGGUGGUGUCUGCAGAUCUGCCUAACGCUCACGGUCUUGCUGUGGACUGGGUCUCUCGGAACCUGUUCUGGACUAGCUAUGAUGCCAACAAGAAACAGAUCAACGUGGCUCGACUGGAUGGCUCCUUUAAGAAUGCAGUCAUUCAAGGCCUCGACAAACCCCACUGCCUAGUCCUGCAUCCCAUUCUUGGAAAGCUCUAUUGGACGGACGGUGACAACAUCAGCAUGGCCAACAUGGAUGGCACCAACCGCACUCUGCUCUUCACCAAUCAGAAAGGACCAGUGGGUCUCUCAAUUGAUUUCGACACGGAGCAACUGUACUGGAUCAGCUCCGGAAACAGCACCAUCACCCGGUGUAAACUGGAUGGCAGCGGCCUGGAGAUCAUGGAGGGAGUGAAGGGAAAACUAACCAAAGCCACAGCGUUGGCCAUCAUGGGGGACAAGCUGUGGUGGGCAGACCAGGGCACCGACCAGAUUGGCACCUGCGACAAAAGUGAUGGAAGCAACUGGAAGGUUCUACGCAACAACACCUCACCCAUGAUGCACAUGAAGAUUUACAAUGAGACUGUGCAGAAAGGCACCAAUCUGUGCAGUAACAAUAAUGGAGAAUGUUCCCAGCUGUGCCUGCCCACCUCUCCCACCACCAGGGCCUGCAUGUGCACUGCCGGAUACAGCCUGAAGAGCGGCCAGCAGUCCUGUGAAGGCAUGGGUUCUUUCCUGCUGUACUCCGUACACGAGGGCAUUCGCGGCAUCCCUCUGGACCCAUCUGAUAAAUCUGAUGCCCUGGUGCCAGUCUCUGGCACCUCCUUGGCAGUGGGCAUUGAUUUUCAUGCUGAGAAUGACACCAUCUAUUGGGUGGACAUGGGCCUUAGCACCAUCAGCCGAGCCAAGAGAGACCAGACAUGGAGAGAGGACGUGGUGACCAACGGGAUUGGCCGAGUGGAAGGCAUCACUGUGGACUGGAUAGCAGGAAAUAUCUACUGGACAGACCAGGGCUUUGACGUGAUUGAAGUGGCCAGACUGAAUGGCUCUUUCCGCUACGUGGUCAUCUCUCAAGGCCUAGACAAACCCCGGGCAAUCACUGUACACCCAGAGAAAGGGUACCUGUUCUGGACAGAGUGGGGUCAGUACCCUCGUAUUGAGCGGUCCCGUCUCGACGGUUCUGAGAGAGUGGUUCUGGUCAACGUCAGCAUCAGCUGGCCAAACGGCAUCUCUAUUGACUAUCAGGAUGGUCUGCUGUACUGGUGCGAUGCACGCACUGAUAAGAUAGAACGCAUUAAUCUGGAGACGGGAGACAACCGGGAGCUGGUGUUGGCCAGUAACAACAUGGACAUGUUUGCAGUGUCUGUCUUUGAGAACUACAUCUACUGGAGUGACAGAACUCAUGCUAACGGCUCCAUCAAGAGGGGCAGUAAGGAGAACGCCACUGAUUUGGUCUACCUCAGGACAGGCAUCGGCGUACAACUCAAAGACAUCAAAGUCUUCAACCGCGCUAGACAGCAAGGUACAAACAUCUGUAAGGACAACAACGGCGGCUGUGAGCAGCUGUGUCUUUACCGCGGUAACAACAACAGAACGUGCGCUUGUGCACAUGGCAUGCUAGCAGAGGACGGUCGCAGUUGUCGCGACUACGACGGCUAUCUGCUCUAUUCAGAGCGCACAAUAUUGAAGAGCAUACAUUUGUCAGAUGAGACUAACCUUAACGCGCCCAUAAAGCCUUUUGAAGACCCCGAACACAUGAAGAAUGUCAUCGCCCUCACGUUCGACUACCGCAGUGGUGGUGGAAAAGGCGCCAAUCGCGUUUUCUACAGCGACAUCCACUUCGGCAACAUUCAACAGAUCAACGACGAUGGCUCCGACCGCAAGACCGUGGUGGAGAAUGUGGGGUCAGUGGAAGGUCUGGCAUACCACAAAGCCUGGGACACUCUGUACUGGACCAGUUACACCACAUCCACCAUCACACGCCACACAGUGGACCAGAGCCGCAGUGGAGCCUUUGACAAGGACACAGUGGUCACCAUGUCUGGAGAUGACCACCCCCGAGCCUUUGUCCUGGACGAAUGCCAAGACCUGAUGUUCUGGACUAACUGGAAUGAACAGUCUCCCAGUAUCAUGCGUGCUUCUCUGUCCGGCGCCAACAUGCUGGUGAUUAUCGGCAGCGACAUCCGCACACCCAACGGUCUGGCCAUAGACCACCGCGCAGAGAAACUCUACUUCUCUGACGCCACACUGGACAAGAUAGAGCGCUGUGAAUAUGAUGGUAGCCAUCGCUAUGUGGUUCUGAAGAACGAGCCAGUGCAUCCGUUCGGUCUGGCCGUGUACGGAAACUUCAUUUUCUGGACAGACUGGGUGCGCAGGGCCGUUCUGAGGGCAGACAAGUACACGGGCGGAGACAUGAAAGUCCUCCGUGCCGACAUUCCCCAGCAGCCAAUGGGAAUCAUCGCUGUAGCCAAGGACACCAAUAGCUGCGAAUUCUCUCCAUGUCUGAAAAACAACGGUGGCUGUCAGGACCUGUGCCUGCUGACCUCAGACGGCAGAGUCAAUUGCAGCUGCAGAGGAGAACGCAAACUACUGGAGGACAACACCUGUGUCGCUCAGAACACGUCCUGCAGCAGUGUGGAUGAUUUUGAAUGUGGAAACGGAGAUUGCAUCAACUACAGCCUGACCUGUGACGGACGGGCGCACUGCAAGGACAAGUCAGACGAGAAACAUUCGUACUGCUCUAACCGAAUGUGUAAGAAAGGUUACAGACGUUGUGGGAAUGGGCGCUGUAUUGGACUCAGUUUCUGGUGUGAUGGGACUGAUGACUGUGGAGAUCGAUCAGAUGAAGUACCUUGUAACAUGACUCUGUGCUCGCCAGCUGAGUUCCAAUGCAGGAACGGUGGCUGCAUCUCCAACUCCAGUCGCUGUAACCAGGUGGUGGAUUGUGAGGACGCCAGUGAUGAGAUGAACUGCCCUCUCACAGACUGUAACAGUUACUACCUGCUGGGUGUGAAGGGUGUGACCUUUCAGCGCUGUGAGAAGACCACACUGUGCUACGCCCCCACCUGGGUUUGUGACGGCUCCAACGACUGCGGAGAUUUCUCUGACGAGAGGAGCUGUCCUGACACAAAGAAGCUGAAGUGUCCGGUGAAUUUCUUUGCCUGUCCCAGCGGCCGCUGUAUCCCUAUGAGCUGGACAUGCGAUAAAGAGAACGACUGUGAGAACGGAGCUGAUGAGACGCACUGUGAUAAAUUCUGCUCCCCCAGUCAGUUUGAGUGUUGGAACCAUCGCUGUAUUUCUAGCUCCUGGGUGUGUGACGGCACUGACGACUGUGGAGACGGAUCUGAUGAGGACUCACGAUGCAAGUCAAAGACAUGCAGUCCUGAGGCGUUCCACUGCCCUGGCUCAUACAUGUGUGUCCCUCAGCGAUGGAAGUGUGAUGGAGACAAGGACUGCCCUGAUGGAGCGGAUGAGGGAACAGCGGCUGGCUGUAUAUAUAAUACCACCUGUAAUGAGAUGGAGUUUAAGUGUCAGGAUAAUCAGUGCAUCCCCAAACACUUUGCGUGCGACCAUGACGUGGACUGCAAAGAUGGCUCUGAUGAGUCCCCCGAAUGCGAGUACCCGACAUGCGGGCCCAAUGAUUUCCGCUGUGCUAACGGCCAGUGUCUGAAGCAGAAGAACUGGGUGUGUGACGGAGAAUUUGACUGUCACGACCAGUCUGACGAGGCGCCCAAAAACCCCCACUGCUCUGACUCAGAGAAGCAUUGUAAUGACAGUGCCCACAUGUGUGCCAGUGGAAAGUGUGUGAACGAGACGCUGCUGUGUGACGGAAAUGACGACUGCGGCGACGGAUCCGACGAACUCAACUGCAAUGUCAAUGAAUGUCUCAACAGCAAAAUCAGUGGCUGCUCUCAGCUCUGCGAGGACCUCAAAAUAGGCUUUAAGUGUCGCUGUCGGCCAGGCUUCCGGCUGAAGAAUGACGGAAAGACCUGUGUGGAUGUAGACGAGUGCAGCACCACCUACCCCUGUUCCCAGCGCUGUAUCAACACUCACGGGAGCUUUCACUGUCUGUGUGUGGAUGGCUACACACUGAGACCUGAGGACCCAACCAGCUGCAAGUCCACCUCAGAGGAGGAACCUUUCCUCAUUUUCGCUAACCGCUACUACCUGAGAAAACUCAACCUGGAUGGUACCAACUACACCUUGAUCAAACAGGGCCUGAACAAUGCUGUGGCUCUUGAUUACCACUAUGCAGAACAGAUGAUUUACUGGACAGAUGUGACGACACAGGGCAGCAUGAUCCGCCGCAUGCACAUCAACGGCAGUAAUGUGCAGGUGUUGCACAGGACCUCUCUGAGUAACCCUGAUGGGCUGGCAGUGGACUGGGUGGGCGGAAACCUGUACUGGUGUGAUAAGGGUAGAGACACCAUCGAAGUGUCCAAGCUGAAUGGAGCCUACAGGAGUGUUUUGGUCAGCACCGGUCUGAGGGAACCCAGAGCUGUGGCCGUGGACGUACGCAAUGGAUACCUGUACUGGUCAGACUGGGGAGACAUCCCUCACAUUGGUCGCAUUGGUAUGGACGGCACUGACCGACGAGUCAUCAUCCAAGACAAGAUCACAUGGCCCAAUGGCCUCACACUGGACUUCAUUAACGACCGCAUCUACUGGGCCGACGCCCGGGAAGACUACAUCGCAUUCGCCAGUCUCGAUGGUUCCAGCAGACACACAGUGCUGAAUCAUGACAUCCCACACAUUUUCGCCAUGACUCUGUUUGAGGACUUUAUCUACUGGACUGACUGGGAGACCAAAUCCAUCAACAGAGCCCAUAAGACACAAGGCACAAACAAAACCAUGCUUAUCAGCACUCUCCACAGACCAAUGGAUAUCCACAUAUACCAUCCACACAGACAACCUGAAGUGUUCAAUCACCCAUGUCAGACAGAUAACGGUGGCUGCAGUAAUCUGUGUCUGCUCUCCCCUGGCGGAGGCUAUAAGUGUGCCUGCCCCACCAACUUCUACCUGGCCGCCGAUGGACGCCAGUGUCUCUCCAACUGCACCGCCAGCCAGUUUGUGUGUAAGAAUGAUAAGUGUAUUCCCUUCUGGUGGAAGUGUGACACUGAGGAUGACUGUGGUGACCGCUCAGACGAGCCUGCUGACUGCCCGGAGUUUAAAUGCCGACCAGGCCAGUUCCAGUGUGGUACGGGGAUCUGCACAAACCCAGCAUACAUCUGUGACGGAGACAAUGACUGUCAGGACAACUCAGACGAGGCCAACUGUGACAUCCACGUGUGCUUGCCUAGUCAAUUCAAGUGCUCUCAUCCCAGCCGCUGUAUCCCCGGAAUCUUCCGCUGCAAUGGACAGAACAACUGCGGCCAAGGAGAGGACGAGAAAGACUGCCCCGAAGUGACUUGUGCUCCAAACCAGUUCCAGUGUGCUAUCACAAAACGCUGUAUACCGCGCGUCUGGGUGUGUGACCGGGAUAACGACUGUGUGGAUGGAUCUGAUGAACCAGCCAACUGCACUCAGAUGAUCUGCGGGGUAGAUGAAUUCCGCUGUAAGGAUUCUGGUCGCUGUAUCCCAGCCCGCUGGAAGUGUGACGGAGAGGAUGACUGCGGGGAUGCCUCAGACGAACCCAAGGAGGAGUGUGAUGAGCGGACAUGUGAGCCCUAUCAGUUCCGCUGUAAGAAUAAUCGCUGUGUGCCUGGACGCUGGCAGUGUGACUAUGACAACGAUUGCGGAGACAACUCAGACGAAGAGAAGUGUGUUCCACGGCAGUGUUCGGAGAGUGAGUUUGCCUGCACUAAUGGCCGUUGUAUUGCUGGGCGGUGGAAGUGUGAUGGGGACCAUGACUGUGCUGAUGGAUCAGAUGAGCACGGCUGUGAUCUGAAGUGUGACAACGACCAGUUUCCAUGUAAGAAUGGUCACUGCAUCCCCAUUCGAUGGAGGUGUGAUUCAGACUUGGACUGCAUGGACGGCAGUGACGAGGAGAAGUGUGACACCUCUGGAGAGAGGCACUGUCCUCAGGAUGAGUUUCAGUGUAAUAACACGCUGUGCAAACCCCUGGCCUGGAAGUGUGAUGGAGAGGAUGACUGUGGGGACAAUUCUGAUGAGAAUCCAGAGGAGUGCAGGAAAUUCCAGUGUCCACCCACCAGAACUUUCCGCUGUUUGAACGACCGAGUGUGUCUGUGGAGCGGCAAACGCUGCGAUGGCGUCAAUAACUGCGGCGAUAACUCAGAUGAGAUGAACUGCGAUGAUCACAAGGCCACGUGCGACAAAGACAUGUUUGAGUGCAGCAAUGGCAAAUGCAUCAGUGCCAACCUGCGCUGCAACUUCUUCAAUGACUGCGAGGACUAUGGCUCAGAUGAGAUCGGCUGCAAGACCGACACCAUGCUAAAUGACUGUAAGAGUAACAGGUCCCUGUGUGGGGAUGGAGAUGAGGCUCAUUGUGUUACUAAUGGGACGGAUUCGUUCUGCUCCUGUAAACCUGGCUUCCAGAACGUCGGGCACAACACCUGUGAAGAUAAGAAUGAGUGCAAAGAGUUUGGCGUGUGUUCUCAAAUCUGUAACAACACCAAAGGCUCCUACAAAUGCAGCUGCCACAAGUACUUCACUAAGAUUAAGGACACAUGCAAAGCAGACAGUCUGAACAGUAACCGUCAAGUGCUGUACAUUGCUGACGAUAAUGAGAUCCGGAGCUUAGACCCUGGCAUGCCCAACUGGGUGUACGAGCAGACUUUCCAGGGCGAUGCCAGCGUCCGAAUCGAUGCCAUGGACCUGCACGUCAAAAGCAACCGCAUCUUCUGGACCAACUGGCACACGGGGGGCAUCUCCUCUUAUCAGUUACCAUCCUCAUCCUCGUCUUCAUCCUCAGGCCCAUCUUCCAACUCCCACCGCAACAAACGACAGAGCGAGGGCACAGUUACCAACCUGGAGAUCCCAGGUCUGAAGAUGCCGCGGGGUAUAGCGGUGGACUGGGUGGCCGGUAACCUGUACUGGACUGACUCGGGCCGAGAUGUGAUCGAGGUGGCCCAGAUUUCGGGCCAGAACCGCAAGACCCUAAUUUCCGGCAUGAUCGACGAGCCUUACGCCAUCGUAGUGGACCCCCAGAGAGGGACAAUGUACUGGGCAGACUGGGGCAAUCACCCCAAGAUUGAGACAGCGGCCAUGGAUGGCACCCUGAGACAGACACUGGUCCAUGAGAACAUUCAGUGGCCCACAGGUCUGGCUGUAGACUACUUUAAUGAGCGUCUGUACUGGGCCGAUGCCAAGCUGUCUGUCAUCGGCAGCGUACGUCUGGAUGGAUCUGACCCCAUGGUGGCUGUCUCCGGCCUCAAAAACAAUCUUCUGCACCCCUUCAGCAUUGAUAUCUUUGAGGACUACAUCUAUGGUGUCACCUACAUCAACAACUUUGUCUUCAGGGUCAACAAGUUUGGCAAAGGGCCAAUGGAGAACCUGACCACAGGAAUCAACCACGCUACAGAUAUUGUCCUUUACCACCGCUACAAACAACCUGAGAUGACUAACCCAUGUGACAGGAAGAAGUGUGAGUGGCUGUGUCUGCUCAGCCCUAGUGGCCCUGUCUGCACCUGCCCUAACGACCGUAUCGCAGACAACGGCACCUGCGUGGAGCGGCCCCCGACAACACAGUCUCCCUCUCUUCCCUCUGGGGCCUGUAAUGUGCAGUGUCAGAAUGGUGGAAGCUGCUUCCUUAACUUCCAUAAUCAGCCCAAGUGUCGCUGUCCAACCAGCUACACCGGGGAGAGGUGUGAAAUCGACCAGUGCCGAGACUACUGUAAGAACGGAGGCACCUGUUCUCCCUCAUUCACAGGAGCUCCUACCUGCCGCUGCCUGAUGGGUUUCACUGGGCCCAACUGUAACCUGCCCACCUGUAAGGACCACUGUCUGAACGGAGGAAACUGCACUGUUAACCAAGGAAACCAGCCCACCUGCGUCUGUCCUCCAGACUUCCUGGGAGAUAUGUGCCAGUACAGUAAAUGUGAGGAUUACUGUGAGAAUGGAGGCACAUGCAUGCAGAAAGCCAACGGCACCAAGGUGUGUCGCUGUCCCUCACACUCACUCGGCCAGCGCUGUGAGGUCAACAAGUGUCUGUACUGUGGCCCUGGCAAGUGUUUGAACCCCUCUCCUGGAGUAUUCACCUGCAGCUGUCCAGACGGAGAGACUCGUUCCAGCUGCUUCACAUGUAAAGACUUCUGCAUUAAUGGCCAGUGUUCUAUGGAGCCCCGCACAAUGCUGCCACAGUGUCGGUGUCCGCCCGGCUGGCAGGGCUAUCGUUGUCAAGUAGUCGUCUCUGCUACAGAAGCUACAGACUCCCAUGGCAAUACUGCUUCCAUUGCAAUCCCAGUGCUCUUGCUGCUAUUACUGGCGCUGUUGGUGGUUGGUGCCAUCUUGUGGUAUAAGAGGAGAAUGCGUGGUGCUAAAGGAUUCCAGCACCAGAGAAUGACUAAUGGGGCUAUGAAUGUGGAGAUUGGGAACCCAGCCUAUAAGAUCUAUGAGGGGGAGCCAGACGACGACGCAGGGGAGCUGCUGGACUCUGACUUUACACUGGACCCAGACAAGCCCACCAACUUCACCAACCCAGUGUACGCCACGCUUUACAUGGGCGCCCACAACAGCCGCAAUUCCCUGGCCAGCACGGACGAGAAGAAAGAACUGCUCUCUCAAGUGGAUGACGACAUGGGCGACCCACUAGCGUAGAGCCAUCCUGCCCACAGCCCCGCGCUGAGCCCAAGGAAGAAUGACGAAAAACAAACCAACAAAACUCCCCAUUUAUGCCUUUACAAAGUGGAAGAAAAAAAAGCAACAAGAAAGCGAGAACACUGUACAAAAUGUAAAAAAAAAAAAAAAAAGGAAAAAACAGAAUGAAGGACUACUUUUGUAUGUGAUUGCAGUAUUAUAUUUUAUUCUUAAAGAAUUCCUUCCAGUCAGAAAGAACCCUUUUUUUCCUUCCUUGGCUUUUUUUCUUUCUUCUUCUUUUUUUCCCCUCACUCUGCUUCCCUGUCUCCCCUCCACGUAUAGCCACUACCUCUGUGCUAAAUGAGAUAUGAACAACAUUGGAACUUUUUUUGUAUUAAUUGUACAAAAGUCAUUCUGAAAAAGACAAAAUUGCCAAGUGUUUGUGCGUAAACCAAUAAGGGAGAGAAGAGAGCAGAGCUGACUGCUCUAAUCUGAAUGGUACUAAUGCUGGUUCAGACGCACUGUGUGUGUGUGUGUGUGUGUGUGUGUGUGUGUGUGUGUGUGUGUGUGUAGCCUCUACUGAAUGAAUCGGCCAGGAGAAGGGGUGUGUGUUUGAUAGGUGGCGUAGACACAGAGGGGUCUGCAUGAUUGGUUCCUUCCAUAUGCUUAUCUCAGAGAACGACGCUCAAAAUGAUUGUUUUACAUCCUUGCACAGAUGGAAUUUAGAUACAUAUUUACAUAUAUAUAAACAUAUUUACAAAGUGUCUUGAAAGAAAAAUGUACCCAGGUAUACAAACAGGCAUUCAUACAAAUAGCAGAGUAUAAUUUUUUUAGACAUUGCUUUUUAGUGGUUUUAGAAAUGAAAUCGUGCUGCGUAAAGCAUGAUUGAUGAAUGGGUGAACGGAUGGACGGAUGUU